GAAAUUGAAGGUUGGGGGUUGAAGUUGACGUUAGGUGAGAUGGAGAAAGGAAGGAGGAGUUGAGGUGUUGGGACGACUUGUACAGAAGAUGUGAAUACAAGAAAAAGAAGGAAGUUAGAAGCGUGUGGUGUGUGUAGACGGCGUAAGGGGUACUGUGGUUCUUUCUUUCUCUCUUCUCCUUCCAACCAAUUGAGCCAUUGAGGACAGUGGAGUUGGAUGAAAACAUAUGAUGCAACACUAUCUUCUAUUACUAAUUCUACUACUUACACCAACUCCAGCAGCAGCUAAUCAUCAUAUUUCUAUCAACUGCGGCUCAUCUUCGUCUUCAACUGACAGAGAAUGGCUGCCAGAUGUAGACGUAUUCUUCCCUAAUUCCUUCUUCACAAUACACGGAGGAUCAUCCACUACUAUUACUACUCUCAGGCACAGGCACAGGCACAGGCAGAGGCUCAGCACCAAACCCCCAACCUCCUUCUCUGUCGACCAUGUUCCUUACAACACUGCAAGAAUCUCUCUUUCUCAAUUCUCCUACACCUUUCAACUCAAUCCUGGUCAGAAAUUUAUCCGUCUUCACUUCAACACCCUCCCCCUCACCUCUUCUUACUCUUCCCCUUUUAAACCCUUUCACGACCUUUUCACUGUUGAAGCCGGUCCUUUCACCCUUCUCUCCAACUUUAGCGCCUCCGCCACCGCUCAUGCUCUUUCUCUCAACACUUUUGUUAAGGAAUUCUGUGUAACUAUUCAAGACAAUGAACCCCUCCUCAACCUAAUCUUCUCUCCUACACCCUCUUUCUACGCUUUCAUUAAUGGCAUCGAGAUUAUCUCACUCCCUUCUUACUGUCAUGCUGGAGAUAUUGGAGUCCAAGUUGUUGGCAAUCCCCCCAACUCCCUUGUCUAUAUAGAUAACACUACCGCACUUGAAUUGGUCCACCGACUAUAUGUCAACCGCCAUUCAAAUGAUUUCCUACAGUGGACAACACAACAGAUGAAUAAUAAUAAUAAUAUCACCAUCUGGAAAGUAUCUGUGGAUGUGGGAUUCAGUUACUUGGUCAGGCUUCAUUUCAGUGAGAUAGGUCUCAGAAUUGCAGAGACCGCCCACAACCAUUUUCUACUAUUCAUUAAUCACAUAGUUGUCUCUACUAGAGCUGACAUACUCCAAGCAAGGCCACCCGAAGGCAUCCUUUGGUAUAAGAACUACAUGCUGAUGAUCAAAGGCCACAAGAGAGAGGGUAAACGUGAUAUCUUCAUUUCUCUGCAACAAUCUCAAAGUGAUGAGUUCGCUGUUGGAGUUGGACAUGGUCCUCUUGAAGGGUUUGAAAUAUUCAAGUUAAGCAACCAUGAGAAUAGUCUUGCCAGUCCAAGUCCGUUGCCUCCUCCAACACCAGAUUCAACAUUCAACCCCAUCCGAAUUUCUUUCCGACUUUUUGGUCCCACAAAUUCAAUUGCUACUGUCGUCAUUACUAUAAUUUGUCUGUUAAACGUCAUUGUUCAUAUACUGCAGCAAAAUCAGGGGGCUAACUUUGCCGAUGACGACGAAAACAAGCCAUCAGCCAGGGCUCAACGACUUUGCCGUCGCUUUUCACUGGCUGAGAUCCAAUCAGCCACAGAAAACUUCAAUGAGGCAUUUGUCAUCGGAAAGGGAGGAUUUGGUAAAGUCUACAAGGGGUUGGUUGAUAAAGGGAAACAAACUGUGGCCAUAAAGCGAUUAAAAUCAAACUCCAGACAAGGGAAGCGUGAGUUUUGGACAGAGAUUGAAAUGCUUUCUGAGCUCCGGCAUGUCAAUCUAGUCUCCCUCAUAGGCUACUGCAAUGAGCAUCGGGAAAUGAUUCUUGUUUACGAGUAUAUUCCAUUUGGAUCACUGGCUGACCAUCUCUACAAACUUGCUAGGAAGACCAAUAUUUUUUCUUCUCUCUCUUGGAAACAACGGCUUAGCAUUUGCAUUGGAGCUGGUCGGGGACUGGACUAUCUUCACACUGGCCAUGGGAUCAUACAUCGUGAUGUAAAGGCUUCAAACGUUCUACUGGAUGAAAAUUUUGUGGCUAAGGUUUCAGAUUUCGGCUUAGCUAAAACUGAAAGUGGAGGCAUAGCUAGCACGAAUCUUAAAGGCACAUUUGGAUACUUUGAUCCAGAUUAUUUUAAAACUCGUAAAUUAACAACAAAAAGUGACACAUACUCCUUUGGUGUGGUGUUGCUUGAGGUAUUGUGUGGGAGACAAGCAGUGGAGCCAUGGGUUGAAGAGGAUAAGCGUAGUCUAACCAUGUGGGCACGAGAUAACAUUAGCAAGGGAGAGGUUGAUCAGAUUGUAGAUCCAAGUCUGAGAGGGGAAAUCUCACAAGAUAGCCUCAAGGCAUUUCUCAGGGUUGCUGAAAGAUGCUUGCAUGAAGAACCAAAGAAACGGCCAACAAUGGCACAUGUUGUGAUAAACCUUGAAUUCGCGCUUGAGCAGCAGGAAAAUGCAAAAUCUUUGUUGCAAAAUCAGAUAUUUACUGUUCCUGAUGUCUUUCCAUUCACUGCUGAAGCUCAGCAGGAGAAUGUUAAUACUUUGGUACCAAACAAUAGAACAAAUGUUGCUGGUGUCUUGCCUCAGCAGGAGAAAGCGAAACCUUCAGUACCUAAUGAGACCAAAGAUGCUGACAGUGUGAUGCCAUGUACUGAUAAAACUCAGCAGGAGGAAGCAAAAUCUUCGCUAGCUAAUGAGAUAACAAGUUUUGCCGAUCCCUUGCCAUUUAGUGAUAGAACUAUCUGUAAAGUGAGCCAAAGACAACUAACAACGGCUUCUUCUAAUGUUCAAAGUGGUGCAUCUACCCCAAAAGAAGAAAUUAACAGCAAAAUGAUCAAUGCUGGGAAAAAAGAUUGGGGAAAAACCACAAUGCACAAGCUAUCACGACUUCUGCCAUGGGAUACAUUUUGGAACACGGGAAAACCAUCAAAGAGAAAGGGCUUGGUCAGCAUCUCAGUAUCAGCACCUAUAUCACAUAGGAGCGGCAACAUGACAUUAAGAGGCAGCACUAAUACUGAGAAGAAAAUAAGUGGAACGGCGCUUCCGAGUCCCAACUUAAGAAUUUUCUCGUUCUCAGAACUGAAGGCCGCCACUAGAAAUUUCAGUAAUGAUAGAGUUUUAGGAGAAGGUGGCUUUGGGAGGGUUUACAAAGGUUUGCUCCAAGGGAAAUCCAGUACCAAAAAUGGAAGUGGAUCACUCAUUGCGGUUAAGAAGUUGAAUUCUGAAAGCCUGCAGGGUUAUGAAGAGUGGCAGAAUGAGGUGAAUUUCCUUGGAAGGCUUUCUCAUCCUAAUCUGGUUAAGCUGUUGGGCUGCUGUUGGGAGGAUAAAGAGCUAAUGCUUGUGUAUGAAUUCAUGCAAAAAGGCAGCUUAGAUAUGCAUCUUUUCAGAAGGGGUUCUGCUAGCGAGCCACUCCCAUGGGAUAUUAGGCUUAAGAUAUUAAUUGGAGCUGCUCGUGGUCUUGCUUUCUUGCAUACAUUAGAUCCAAAACUUAUCUACAGAGACUUCAAGACCGCAAACAUAUUGCUUGAUGAGUCAUACCAUGCUAAGCUAACUGAUUUUGGUCUUGCAAAAUCGGGGCCAAUGCCUGGUAACUCCCAUGUGACAACGCGGGUAAUAGGUACAUAUGGCUAUGCUGCCCCUGAGUACGUGGCAACAGGGCACCUGUACGUGAAGAGUGAUGUAUAUGGGUUUGGCAUCGUGGUAGUAGAAAUGCUGACAGGGAUGCGAGUACUGGACACACAUCGACCACCUGGAAAACAUGAUCUGCUAAAUUGGAUAAAGCCAUAUUUAGGUAACAUGAGAAAGUUAAAGAAGGUAAUGGAUUCGGGUCUGGAGGGAAGAUAUCAUAUUGGAUGCGCGUUGCAAAUAGGCCAGCUUGCUCUAAAUUGUGUUGAAAAUGACCCAAAGAAGAGACCAUCAGCUCAAGAAAUUGCUGAGACGCUGCAAAGAGUUGAUUCAUCAGCAUCAGCUGUUGAGAAAGCUAGCCAGCCUAGAGUACGAUUUGGUUAGCCCCAGGAGGAGAAGGCUUGAGCAGAGUAUUAUUAUGUAUGUGAUGUCCAUCAAAAUAUGUGAACGAGAUAUGGCCAAUACUUGAUAAGUAGUUAAUUAAAUUUCUUUUGUAGUCAAUCUUGUUUACCAUAGGAGAAGAAGUCUCUAUCAACACGCAAACACAUACAAUAUUGUCAUUGAAUGAUACGAAUUUUUCAUGUAUGUUUGUGUGUA